AUGGGGGUGGGACCGGGGCUUCGGAGAACAGGAGGGGACGAAUUCGGGGGAAGUAGAGGGGCGGGGGAAGUUGGUGUGCGAAGAAGAGUGGUGGUGCGAGCUGUGGGCCCCGAAAUAGGUUCAAAUGCGGCGUACGAUGUGAUUGGGUCGCUGGGGCUCGAUACACUCACGUUCCUGGUGGCCACCGUUAUUGUUAUCCCGGCUUUCAAAAGCCUCAAAAUAAGCCCGAUUCUCGGAUUUCUUCUAUCGGGUGUUGCUCUUAACGAGUUGGGGCUCAUUCGGAACAUCACCGACGUGAAGGCACUUAGCGAGCUUGGGAUUUUGUUCCUGCUCUUCGAAAUGGGCCUCGAGCUCUCCCUCGAGCGACUCAGAGCACUCGCCAAGUUCGCAUUCGGCAUGGGCCUUCCGCAGGUUCUCCUCACGACGCUUGCCUUCACAGCGUUCGAGCUGCCAAUCGACAAUGCCAUCGGCACCCGUGCGCUCGAAUUUCUCUUUGGGGCCAAAGCUGAUCUGGUGAACAUCCGGUCGCUAGAUGAGGCCAUUGUCAUCGGAGCUGCUCUUGCGCUCUCCUCAUCCGCCUUCGUGCUUCAGCUUUUGUCUGAAAAGGGUGAGCUCGCCACUCGCUACGGAUCGGCAACUCUCGGCAUCUUGCUGCUGCAGGACAUUGCAGUCGUCCCUCUGCUCGUCAUUCUCCCCAUCCUUGAGAACGGGGACUUCACAGACGAUUCCGUCUUCCCUCUGCUCGCCCUGGAAGGAGCCAAGUCGCUGCUGGGGCUCGGAGCUCUGCUUUACACGGGGCGUAUUGCCCUGCGCCGGCUCUUUGAGUUCGUGGCAGAGUCGCGCAGUUCAGAGGCGUUCAUUGCUCUCUGCCUACUCACAGUCACGGGAACAGCUCUCAUCACCAGCAAGCUCGGAUUCAGUGACUCGUUGGGAGCGUUCCUAGCAGGAGCACUGCUGGCGGAGACCAACUACCGCACGCAGGUGGAGGCGGAUAUCCGCCCCUUCCGAGGGCUGCUGCUGGGUCUCUUCUUCGUCACCACUGGCAGCUCCAUCGACCUCAACCUGCUAGCAUCGGAGUGGCCCAACAUCCUGGCGCUCCUGACGGGUCUCAUAGGCAUAAAGGCAGCCAUCAUCACAGCCCUCGGCCCACGUGUGGGCCUCACUCUCUCGGAGUCCGUGCGCACGGGGCUGCUGCUGUCCCAGGGGGGCGAGUUCGCCUUCGUCGUCUUUGCCCUGGCCAACCAGCUGGGCGUGCUCCCACUGGAGCUGAACCGGCUGCUCAUAAUCGUUGUGGUGCUAUCCAUGGCGCUCACGCCCUUCCUUGACGCCCUGGGGCGCAGAGCAGCAGAGUACAUUGAAGACAAUAUCGAAUCCAGGGACGCUGCCACCGUUGCUGCUGCGGGCGUGCGUGGUGGGGCAGCUGUGGGUAGACUGGGACCGGGUGGGAAUGGAGCGAUGAGCGAAGCUGAAGGCAGCAUGGAAGGCCAGCAGGCAGGCGCAUCCCACUCUACGCACUUCGCCGGUGCGGAGCCGAUUGUCAUUCUAGGGUUCAACCAGAUGGGGCAGGUGCUGGCCAAUUUCCUCUCCACGCCACUUGCAGCGGGGUCAGGGGGCGACGCUGCUGGUUGGAACUUCAUUUCCUUCGAUCUCAACCCCAAGCGCGUGCGGCUUGGCGCAUCGCUCGGUUUCCCUGUCCUGUAUGGCGACGGCAGCCGCCCGGCAGUGUUGGAAUCAGCCGGCAUUAGCCGCCCGAAGGCCUUCAUGGUCGUCUAUUCCAGCCGCACCCGAUCCGUGGCUUCAAUCGAGCGGCUCAAAGAGGCGUUCCCUGGGGUGCCUCUGUACGCACGGGCAGUGGACGCAGUGCAUCUCUCGGAACUGAGGCGCGCAGGAGCCACUGACGUGGUGCUGGAGAGUGCUGAGACUGGUCUCCGCCUGGGCUCCAUGCUUCUACAGGACAUGGGAGUGAUGCGAGACGAUGUGGUGUUUGUGCGGCGCCUCAUGCGGGACGCCAUGGACCAGAGGGCUCUCUCUGCUUCCUCCUCCUCCCAAUCCUCCGACCUCAUCUCCUCCCGCCCUCUUCUCGAAACUCUCAAGGAGACGCUUGGUCGGAGAGCCAUUCGGCCCAUAGAGCCCACAGCCUUCCUCAUGAAUCAACAAGAUGACCGCACCGCCGCUCCUUCAUCUGCAGCCUCCGCUGCAGCUUCUGCUGUCGAUGGGGACACGAUUCAGCAGGAGAAUCCUGCUAAAGUUGCCGCGUUUACCGCUACCCGUGCAUCCGCAGUGGCUGCUACAGCUGCAGCUGCCGCUACAGCGGGCGUGCUUGUCGCGAGCAAAGAAGACAAUACUUCAGCAGCUCCAAAAGAAGAGGGAGAGGGCUCAAAAGCAGGGAUCAAAGAAGCGCCUGUAGCAAGGGGUUUAGGUGCAGCAGAGCUCCCGUCCCUCGACUCACCAAUGGGAAUCAACCCCGUGUUCGUACUGGCAGACGCGCAGGCUUCGCCUGACGGCAUGCUGCAGUACUUCUCCGAUGGAGAGGACUUUGUGGACCGGAAUCUCAGUCUUGAUGGCAGUCAGCUACCCGCAGGCGCUACCAUGCCGCCUUCAUUGGACUCGCCAGCAGUGCUGGGAGAGGGGUUCGACUCGGAAGGAUUGCAAGCCGCGGCGGGUGAGAGGCUGGUCUACUUUUCAGAUGGGGAUGAUUUCGUUGAUGUCAAGCUGGAGCUUCCUCAGUCUGGUGAUUUCCCUCGGGAAAAGUAA